CUGUCGAGGGAUUGCCAGACGUUUCUUUUUUGCUCAACGUCGAAAGAGGCGCGAUAAUAAGUUUCUUUCUUCCAAAAUGGAUAAACGGGGUAUCAAGCGUCAGAUGAAGGGAAAAGGACAUCUUCCAGGAGGAGAGUUCAUCAUGCUUGGUUCCAAGCCUACUGGAAGUCGUGGCGUUCUCAGUGAGUCAGACAGCUUGGCUGCGGUUGUUCAUCGCAAGCGAGCUGUAAGAGAAGGAGAUGAGAGUCGGUCUGAGCCAUUCGGCAAGAAAGGAAGAUACGAAGAGCCGGGCCUUUUUUCUAACCCUCACAGAAUGGGAGCUUCUAGUCAAGCAGCAGCAACAACAUCGACUCUAGUUGUUGAUGUUGCUCCGAGUGACUUGCUGGACAGUGUGUUGGAAGAAGACAGUACUGGUGAUGUAACACGUGCUGAGGGUAUGAUUUGUGGGGCUGUGAAACAGUUAAGAGCAAGUCGAGGUCGAUGUGAUUCUGCUGUCUAUUUGGCAUUGAUGUCGUUGGCAAAAGCAAGGCCAGGAUUGUUCAUGAGGACAAGAAUUUUGGAUGAAUUUACUGGUCUACUGAGGAAGGAACCCUCUAGUGGAGGUCCUGCAGCAUUCAGAGCAAGAUUGUCAUCACAAGUACCUAUUCUAUCAGCCAAUGUCUUAGCAUUUGUAUUGCAACAUGACCGUAACUGGCCAGAAUCGAUUCCUAAGGCUUAUGUUGAGGAUUCGCUGGGUGACAGAAUAUGGGUGGACAGUGAACAUUGCCGUGAAUUUGUUGACAACAUUCUGACUGCAUUUGAGACAAGAAUGCCUGCAAAUUUUCGUCAGUUGACUGAAUCGAUGCCUUCUACUCCAAUAACUAUGGCAGUGUCAGCUGCAAUAGAAGGAACAAAGGAUCUAAGUAUUUCUGACCAAACUACUGAAUUAGGCACUGGUACUUCCUGUAACACUUCCCCAGUCAUCAAAGUAAUGAACCGGUUUCAUUCACCUUCUAUCAAACAUGUAGUCCAACAGUUUGUUACAAAGACACUCAAUGAACAGCUAAGCUCACGACAAGCAGGAGAGCCGAGCAUUUCUAGGAAAGCUCUCAGAUUUUUUUGUGAUAUCGCUGGAUAUCCGUCUGUACGUCUUACAUUGUCUCAACGUCUGGAAAUGUGGUUGCAAAAUCCAAAGUUGACACGUCCUGCACAAGAUUUGAUGCUGUGUAUUUGUGUCAACUGUAAUUCAGGAGCGGGAGAAGAUCUUGAUACAAUAAGUCAGUUAGUGCACAUUCGAAUCAAGUCAAAGCCACUGGCUAGUCAUUACAUAUCUUGCAUCAAAGAAAUGAUUCUGCAACACAGCAAGAAUCCAGCGUUUGCCUUGAAAUUCAUUGUCUACAAUGAGCUAUCACAGACAUCACGGAACCCUAACAACAUGGCUCUUAUCUCAAUGCUUUUUCAAACAAAACCAGAUGCAGCAUCAAAGGCUUUGGCUGGCGUGUUUCAGGAGCUACUUGCAAGGAAGGAGGACUUUUUACGAGCUCUGCGUGGCUUAUUUAGAGAGAUAGUGAGAGUUUUGAGGCACGACAUGGAUUUUGGUGCAUUUUGCUUGUCAUUGCUAAAUCAGGAUUCGCCAAUAACUCGUGAUGAGCACGGAGUUAAGACAAGGUAUGUCUUAUCUGUGACUGACCUAAUAGCUGUGGCUCUAUUACUGAGUGUUACGCCAUCUGUAAAGGAAGUGGCGGCAGCAUUUGCUAAAGGAGAAAAGAAAGACUUGGAUGUCCUCAAAACAUUUCAUCAGCAGGCGGCUUCUAUGCAACGUGAUGGGAUUUGGUGGUUACACACUGUUGUCCCUAGUCUGGCUCAGUUGACUAAAGAAGACUAUACGCAAUGUGUUCGAAAGAUACUGUUCCUUGAACCAAUGGAAACAUAUUACUUAAAGGAUGGUUGGCCGGGUGAGAAUGAGCGAAAUGUAUUAUAUCGUCUGCUCAAUGAAGUUGCAAUACUAGAAGACACACUGAUGCGUGUCAUGCUGCUUGGUUUAACUGAUCAUCCUUUAGUGCCACAAGAUGCUCAAGAUAUUGUUGACAAGAUGGUGCAUAGAGCAGCUCGGGCGUACUCAACAGACUUACCUACUAUUCCUUGUAUUGAGCGUGAGGAGCUGAUUGACACUGUGUUCCAGUUGUCAGCAUACAAUUACCCGGAAGGCAUCCAACUGCCGCGAGACUAUUACCCUCCGAAGUUGGCUAUCAGCAAAGUCUAUUGGAAGUCUUGGUUGGUUCUUCUCACACUCUCAGCUUGUAGCCCUACAACAAUUGGCCGUGUUGCAUGGGUAAACUACCCAACGUUGCGCUGCAUGAUGGAAAUGGUUAUCACAAACAAUUACUCAUUUCCACCCUCUGGGCAGACAGAUGAGGAGAAACAGCACGAGUUGCAGAUGAUUCAUCAGGAGAAAGAGGAAAUACUGCUGUUUGAGAGCUAUCUUGCUGCAGCUACGACUAAGGAGAAGAUUACAGAGAAAUCCAGUCACCUACUCAACCAGCUGACGAGGAUGGAUCCAAGAGGUUUGCCAAGGAAGCCACCUUCUCCUGUCACCGAUCAAUUGAAAUUUGCUGCCAAACGUAUGUCAUUAGGUCACAGACUCUGCAGGAGCAGAGAUCCAGAUUUUCUAUUAGACAUCAUUCAGAAGCAGGGAACAAGCCAGUCAAUGUCUUGGCUUGUGGAUCUCAUUCAGUCCAGUUCAGGUUCAUUGGACCUUCUUCCUGUGCAAUGUCUUUGUGAAUUUCUUCUAUUGGAAUCGGAUGACAAGGACAAAGAACAUGGUCAUAAAAGAGAUGCAAGAGCAAAAAAGGAACAGGGUAUUGCUCAACAGCAUCAGCUGCUAGAUCGUCUUCACACAAUGCUAAUGGGAAGUCAAGCUGAAGCAAACACAACAGCCAGUAUCAUUGAAUACUUUCUAGAAAGACUACAUUCUGACCAGCCGCAAAGCAGAGUGCAAGGGCUGAAGGGUUUGAGGCUUAUCUUAUGUGGUCCUCAGCAACCUAGCAAUGAAGAAUUACUAUCCGGAAACUCAUUCAGUUGGUUGUUGGAAGAGCUUCCUAAGCUUCCGCACUUCCAGGACAUUAGGAGCACUGUGUGUGCUGCAGUGAGAAAGGCUUGUAAAGUUGAGACAGACGUUGUUGUAGUAACAGCAUAUUUUGUAUUUUUAUCUCAACAUUACAUGGACCGGGACCUUAUCAUCAUGUCACUGGAACUAGCCCAUGUCAUUACUUCGCGUUCAUUCCUCUUCGACAGGCUAUUGUCACCAGUAGAGACAUUGCUGCCAGCUUCAAUGGCAACAGAUCUGAGGGACAAAACACUUGAGGCUUUGAGUAGUAUAUUUGCUUCACAUCUGCGUGUCGCAGUAGAGAAAUCGGAAGCACCAGAUGUUGAGCAGAUGGAGUUGAUCAUUGUUCAGUGGUCUGAUGGAAAGGCAGCAGUUUUGCAUUGGUCAGUCAUACGGUCCAUAGUGGUAUUGCUUACGCGAGGACCUCCAUCUGACAACCAGCAGUACUACUGGGAAUUGAUAGAAGCUUGGUUCCCAGAGAGUGGGCCUCAACCAGUAUGCUUCAUCAUGCAGACAAGGGAACCAGCUGAUAUCCUUGAUGAUCAAGGGUUGAAGUUAUGUAUGAUUCGGUCAUCAGUUUCUCGACUGAUUAAUGCAGCUGUCGCAGCAUCGACACUCGAUGAGCUACUAAUAUUUGUUCAGUCAUUUGGCAUUCCUGUGGAAAGCAUGAGCCAUCUUUUGCACAAGCUAGAUGAAACUGCAAAGGAACAACCACAUGCCCUUCAUGCUGUUCUGAAUGAUCCCAACAGUCCAUCAGAUUCUGGAUACUUGUCACGACUUGUGGAUGUUGAGCAGAUGAGAGGUGCAACAGGUGGGGACUUAUUCAAGUCCCAGCUGGCUGGAGAUGAAUCGAGUGUGCCUGAAGAUGAGAGUGAUGUUGACUUUAAUGACGAUCUUCGUCAAGAGGAGAGUGAGAUGGACACAGAAACAACGACUGAUGUGGAUGUAAAAGUGCAUGAUGUUGACUGGUGGACUGAUUGUAUAUUGAAGGUUUUCCCUGACAAUGUGAAUUGUUUACAGAAAGAAAUGCAGCAUGUAUUACAAAAGAAGAAUGGAUCUAGUGAAAUCUCACAGAAAGAUGCAGCUGCUUCUAUGGAAUCACUUGUGAUGAGUCUGAUGGGUCUUGUAGCAGAACAUACUCCAUUUGUGGAAAUGUUGACUCAACAUCAAACUUCAGCUCUGAAACUAGUUGCCCUAGUGCACAGAAAUGUGGUUAACAGGAGCUGUGCUGAUGAAUGGAAGAAACUCUUACUAACAUUAUCAUCAUUUUCACUAAAAGAUGGCCCACUUUUAAGAACUGUGUCUAGAUGUUGUAAAGAGCUAAGUAUUGCUAUGAAACCACAAGCUGCUGGAUGGGGAUUAAGCUCAACAAGAGAACAAGACUUUGUAUCCAUUGUUAACUCUAACGAUUCACAGACUGCAGUCAAAUCAUGCCUUUCGUUGAUGAAGAAGAGUGGUGAUAAGGAAGGAGAAGAACCAGCUAAUGCACUGGCAGAAGAUAAGAGCCACCCAGCAUUUAGAAAUGAUUCACAGAGGGAAGACUUGAGUGGCAUUUUGGUUGACUGGCUGGAAAGACUUGAUCCAGAGUUGAGUUCUGUAGACUUGGAGCAACAGAUGGAUGUUAUAUUUAGAUGGAAUAAACAGUUGUUGAGAGCAAACACUGGAACUUGUGGGCACACAUGGCAGCCAUAUUUGCUGUCUUCUCUGACUCACAACUGCUCAUGGAAGACAUUUCAACGAUGUGCUGAUCACUUGCUAAGACCUCAAGCUGUGUGCAGGUUUAAUCCUGUUGCUGUACUUGAUGUUCUGGCAUCAUUUCUUCAUUCACCUCGCAUCUGGCAGGGCACAGCACCCAUUGCAACAGGAACGGAGAGCUUCAACAAGAAUGCUGAUGAGGACAUAAAGCUGCCCAUCAGUAAGAAACAGGCUUGUGUUGUUGUCGACUAUGUGGUUGAAGAGGCAAAAGAUCAUGGACAAGACUCGGACACAAUACAUAAACGACUGUCCCUGCUUCUAUCAUGCUGUAGUAACAAUGAAGUUAUGAAGGAUCUCAUUGGUCAUCUUCACUCUGUGUCCCAACCAUGGAGUGAUGCUAUUUUGGUACAGCUAUACUUGGCAUUACCACAUAUAGCACCAUUGCUACGUAAAUUUUCAGUUAUUGGUAGGAAAGCAGUGUCAUACAAGGGAGCCAGUAAGCUUGAACCUCUUAUUCACCGGCUUCUCACACAUUUGUCAAAUGCAGAUGUUAGUGGUGAGAAGCUACGGUGUCUUGAAGAAACACAUAUAUUAUGCAGAAGUCUUGCAGCAACUCAUCCUGCUCUUAUUAUACGGCAUCUCCAGUUUAUCUGUGGCCUCUUGAAAGGUCGUCUUCAUUUGACUCCUAAGGAGUUUCAGCAUCGUAACCAUCACCUCUUUUUCUCAUGGAUAUUGGGUAUUCUUGAUCUAGUGAGACCAAUGCUAUUUGAAUGCUUGGAGGAAGUCCAUGAUGCUUUCAACAAAAUAAUGCUUACUUACAUGGAGCUGAUGGACAAACAGUGCAGUUCUUCACAAGACAGAAGAAUUCUGGUGACAACUUUUCUUGCUUUUCUGUGCCAAUUCCAUUCAUCACAUCCAACUCCAGCCACCUGCCUCCUCUUGGAGCACAAGCACAUCAUCAGUCAACUUGCUGAAACAUACCCUGACAUUGGUCAGGCAAGAGCCAUGCUCGAGUUUCUUUCAUCUCACAGUCUAUUAGUUUCUGGGACAGGAACAUCAACUGAACAACCUGCUGCUGUUGCAUACAACCUUGUGCCUAGUGAAUGUGUCUGGGCACUGAGUCAGCUCACUCCCUUUAUCAAGGCUUUGGAAGAAGACCGCACUGAAGGAGUGCUGGAUGUUCUACAAGACAUGAAUAAUGUGUCAACUAAUAAAGUUGAAAUCCUGGAACCAUUUGAGGCUCAGCUAAAGUGGCUAUUGAAGAGUGAAAAUGAGAGAUGUCGAGAAUUGGCUCACACUCUCCUCCUACGUUACAUCUUGCACAAUCCUCAAGCUGCCAAUAGAACUGUUCCGGCAGUGGUCAAGUGCUUUACUUCAGAUAGCGCAGAGGUUGUCAAUACAGCAUUGAAGUAUUUUCCGGAAUAUUUCAUCUGUGCAUCAGACAAUAGACAGUUUCUGUUUGAGCAUGCCUUUCUAUUGGCAGAGAGGAGGUCUGAGGAAGGAUUGGAGUUUCUAAGAAGAGCUAUAGCAGGAGUUGUGUCUACCAUGUAGUCGUCUGCCUGUUGCUUUUACGUACAGUAU